UCCAGUUUUUUUUUAAUUUUUUUGCCUUUUGUUUUUGGGGCGAACAAGAGCCCGAGGAAUUUAAGUCUGAAGAGAACUGUGAGAGGUAAAUUGAAUAGUCGAAGAGAAUGGAAAGGAUGAACUUUGUGAAGAAUGGAGUUUGCAGAUUGCCUCCUGGAUUUAGGUUCCAGCCAACAGAUGAAGAGCUCGUGUUUCAGUACUUGAAAUGCAAGGUUCUUUCAUGUCCACUGCCUACAUCAAUCAUUCCUGAAAUCAAUGUCUGCAACUACGAUCCUUGGGAUUUGCCAGGUAACUGUGAAGAGCAAGAGAGGUACUUCUUCAGUUACAAAGAAGCGAAAUACAGAAAUGGUAAUCGCAUGAACCGAAACACCAAGCCUGGGCAUUGGAAGGCAACCGGUUCAGAGAAGAAAAUAUCAUCCCCAACCAAUAAUAAUAAAAAUAAUAAUUGCAGUUUUUCUGGGGUAAGAAAAACCUUAGUUUUUUACGAAGGGAAGACUCCAAACGGCUUCAGAACUAACUGGGUGAUGCACGAAUAUCGGCUUGUCAUUGCAGAAACCAGUGGUCACAACUCAACACACUUGAAUCAUGGGAGCGAGGUGGGAGAUUGGGUUCUGUGUCGGAUAAGCAUGAAGACGAGAAGCGAAGGUAGUGAGGUGGGGGAAAGAAGAUUGUUUUAUUUUACGAGGGAACUCCAUUAUUCUGACCCGUCAUCGUCUUGUUCCAGUUCAAGCGACAUCACAGAGGUGGUUUCACGCGUAGCAGAUCAUGAAGAAACAAGUGCCUGUAGUAACUAUAAUCUUGACUUUUGAACAUUAAUUAUAAGAUUGAACCCCUUCAAUUGAAUUUAUACAUGUGUCGGUGUAAGGAUCAAAUGCCUGAACUUAAAUUUUUCCGCCCACUCUAAUUUCUUCCUUAUCGACACAAUGAGGAGCCAUUUGGAUCUGAUGAGGUUCAUUUAUAAUAACAUGAUCUUCCUCUUCUCGUUUGUUUGAUACGAAACUAUUUCUGUAAAAUCCUCCUCAUUAUA